UCACCGAAUUGCUGGCUGCCUCCCAGGGCAGCCACGGAGCUGUUUCGUUAAACCCCAACCCAGGUACUCAAGUUUCUGCACAAAGUGCAGGCAGCACCCAGUCUGCUGCAAGACUGUUUGACUCGUGCACGCAGAGUCUGCUUAAUAAAUUACUCCCACUGCCGGGGGCUCACUAGAGAUGUUGGAAUUUGAACUCUUGAGACCGACUGUGAAGUGAAAAAACAGAUAUUGGAGAGACGGGACUGAGAUGGAUGAUGAGGGAACAAAUCAAAACGCCAGCAAAUUGCAAGAAGCCAGAGGCCAGGCAUCUGCAAUGUCUCUACCAAACUCGCUGAUGAGGGACUUUGUUUCAGACUGCUCUCCUUUACAUGAUGCCUCUAUCCAUGGGCGUCUGCUUACUCUGAAGAAACUCAUCAAACAGGGGAGUGAUGUGAAUCUUGUUACAGCAGAUCAGGUGUCUCCUCUCCAUGAAGCCUGCUUAGGCGGUCAUGCUGCUUGUGCCAGUGUCCUAUUAAAACAUGGUGCUCAGGUGAAUGGAGUUACUGUUGACUGGCACACUCCGUUGUUCAGUGCCUGUGUCAGUGGCAGCAUGGAUUGCUUGAAUUUAUUGCUGCAGCAUGGAGCCAACCUACACCCACCCUGUGACUUGGCAUCCCCCAUCCAUGAAGCUGCUAAGAGAGGUCAUGUGCAAUGUGUAGAAUUCCUCGCAUCCAAUGGUGUAAAUAUAGAUCACAACAUCAAGCAUCUGGGUACUCCUCUCUAUGUAGCUUGUGAGAACCAGCAAGUGAGCUGUGCCAAGAAGCUGCUUGAGUCAGGAGCAAAUGUGAACAGUGGGAAGGGUCUUGACUCCCCUCUGCACGUGGCUUCCAGGAACUGCAGUGUGGAGCUGGUGACGCUGCUGAUUGACUUUGGAGCAGACAUUUGGGUGAAGAACGCUGAAGGCAAGAGGCCAAUGGAACUGGUCCCACCCAGCAGCCCUGUAGGCCUACUUUUCCUGCAAAAAGAAGGCCCGCUGUCCUUGAUGCAGUUGUGCCGUCUGUGCAUCAGGAGGUGCUUUGGACACAAGCAGCAUCAAAAAAUAACUGGACUUCUCCUUCCGGAUGAGCUGAAACAUUUCCUUCUCCAUGUUUAAGUUUCAUUUCCAAAAUGGUGCCUUUAAUAACACAACAAGAAACAUAUCCUGCUGUCACAAACCAAAGCACGUUUAUGACCACUCUGUGCUCUCCCGAGAGCUCCCAUGGGAAUACCGUCUGCCUGAUACAUGGGGGAGCGAAGAUGCUGAAUCUCUGGCUCUCGUGCCUUCUGCCCUAUUCCCCUCUCCAGCUCUGAACCAGGUGCAUCUGCAUUACCUGGGAGCAGCAGUGCACCCACCUCCUCCCCUGUGGGCUAUUGCCACAUCACCCCAGCAUCGUAGGGGCACACCAAGCACUUUGUUUCUUUUGGAGAUAAUUGUCUUUUUCAUUUUGCUGUGGAGACCCCUGCAAGAAUGGGCUUGGUGCGUGAGAAGUGUGAUGAAAUCUUUAGCGCGAGCAACGAUAUAUAUGCAGACCUCAUCUCGUUAGUGGUGAGACCAGCAGCCUUCAAAUACACAAAAUCAUUCUGAUGUUUACUAGUGUGCCAGUGUGCACAGUGCAAGCCUCCUUUCACAUAUAGGGAGUUAAAAAUAAUGGAUCAAAUGCUACCUGCAUGUUUAUACAUGAUGUAAAUUACAAUUCAGAUGCUCAGCUGGAUGACAUGACUGCUUGUUAUGGGUAUCCUGUACGACGGUUUGGCAUUUUUGUGCUGACCAAACACAGUAAAAGCAAUUCUGCUGGUUUUGUGGGACAUUGCAUUGUACCCUAAGGGGAAAAAAUGACAAACACAGUUAAGUCCAUAACUCCACUUGUGAUAGAGACACACAGAAAUCUUUGCUGGUUUGACCCAAGUCAUCACACAUAAUUUGAGCCAUAUAAAAAUUCACUGGCUGGUUUAAGAUGGCCAUUUGUACACUUUCCCAUCUGAUGGGGAAGAAAAACAGGUACAUGUCUUCAUAGGCUGAAAGCAGGUAUCUUGGAUGGGAAAGGUGGAUUCUUCUUAUAAGUCAGUACCUUGGUUAAGCUGAAUCUGCAAUGAACAGGCAGACAACAGACAAAAAACCUAGUGCUUACCUUUUGCAGAUUAAAGUGUGAAGAAUACCUGCUUCGGUGACACAUCUGAAAGCUGAAAAUCCAUCUUAUUAUAUUUUAGGUGAUGAACAACCAAUUUUUUACAUUGUAGUUUUGUCAUUUGCUUUCAAGCAUCUUAUUUUGUAAUUUCAGCCAAUGGUUUUAUAGGAAUACUGCUAAUACCACGGGAAAAUUGCUCUGAGAAGGUGGGGAUUGUUGCUUCUAGAUUGCUUUUCUUCUGGAAAUUUCAUAGUGUGACUCUGUUUACUUGAAUCCCUCUGACCAACAGUAAUUAAGAUGAAUUCUUUGUGCUUGGCUUGUACCAUCUCAGUAUGUUUUCUUAUUUAUUUUAAUAUAAAUUGUGAUCUACACUGGUGAAUUACAGCUUUAUGCAUCAACAUUUAUCCAGUUAUAAACUGUAAAAUUUCUACAAGACGCAAACUGUAUAAGCUCAUUAUAGGUGAGGUUUGGAUCUUUUUUAUAUUUAAAACUAUUCCAAAAGUAAUGCAGGACUUGAAAUAUUGUCAGGAAUAUUUUUUAUGAGAUUCUCUGCUAAUAUUUUGAUAGCAGUUUAAUGGUAGUCAAGCUACAAUUGUAUAGGAUGUUUCCUCAAAAAUAAAUGAUUUAUACUCUUUUUUUAAAAAAAAUUAAUUUGGUUUUAAAAUGAUACCAAAAAUGUUGUGGAUUGUGUGAUACUAAGACUGAUUGUGUUUUGGAAUGAACUCUAAUUGUUUGCAAUCCUGCCUCCAGGCAGGCAGAGUACAAAAUAGACCUAUAGUAAAGGUAAGACUAAAAUGCAAAUACUGUGCAAAUCUUGCUUUCUGCUGACGUCUUAAGGUAGAGUUGGGCUCUUGCAAUUCUUCUUCUGGCUUGAGGGUUAGUGAAAAAAGCCAGAGAUUUCACAAAGUAGGAAAAGAUGUAAAUUAGGAUGGUCAACAUCUUUAGUUCGUUUAGAUGUUUUUUUACAAUAGUUUGCAUCAGUUUGUUUCUCCUGCCUCCUCGGCAAGAGUCACAUGUAAUGAUCUUGAGUGCCCUUGUCCCUACACAACAGGAACCCUUUACUUGAAGCGAGUGUGUAGAGACCCCUGUACGGUCAGAAGUCCUAGGGGUGUCUGUCAGAAUCCAGUGGGUACAUUGUGGGGCU